AUGUCCAAUUUGAUUACGGUUUUCGGUGCGACUGGCAACCAAGGUGGCUCAGUCAUCCGCACGAUUUUGGAGGACCCAGACUUGUCCAAAAGAUUUCGCGUCAGAGGUGUCACCCGCGAUAUUAAUAAGAAGUCAUCUAAGGCACUGGCAGCUCAGGGAGUCGAGAUUGUCCAGGGCAACAUGUCAUCUCCCGAAGACAUGAAGAGAGCUUUGCAGGGCUCCGAUACUGUUUUCCUCGUCACCAAUUUCUGGGAACACAUGUCUUCCAAGCCGGAGAUUGCUCAGGGCAAGACUGUUGCAGAUGCAUGCAAAGCGGAAGGAAUCAAGCACUUGAUCUUCUCGUCUUUGAUCGAUGCAACCAAGGAAUCAAAUGGUCGCCUUGUCCACAUCACGCAUUUUGAUGGGAAAGCAGAGAUUGAACGUUAUAUCCGACAGACCGGCUUGCCGGCUUCCUUUGUCAUGCCCGGUAUCUUUACCACUGAAUUGUUCAAUUUGAUUCACAAGCAGGAGAAUGGGUCUUACAUUCUGGCCACACCAACAACAACUCAAUCACUUGCACCAUUUAUUGACAUUGCUGCUGAUAUGGGUAAUUUUGUUCGUGCGGCCAUAUUGAACAAACCCGAGUCGAGUGCAAACACAGUUUAUGCCUCGAGUAACUACUACAAAUUUGACGAUAUCCCUUCGCAUUUUGAGGCUGCCACUGGAAAGAAAUUGAAGGUAGUCACCGUCCCCGGUGAGGUAUUCAGGUCGUUCUUAUCUGGUUUCUCACCGGAGAUGGCCGAGGAGAUUUACGAAAACCUGAUGCUGCUCGAGGAUCCUGGGUACUAUGCCGGUGCUGUAUUGACUUCAAGUUUGAAUCUGCUGUCAGAGAAGCCUGUUGGGUUGACAGAAUUCUUCACGCGUAACAAGGACAAAUGGUGA